UGAGGAUGCCAUGGUUGAGGGAGCACUUCCAGGUGCUUCCUCCCGACGCUGAUGAGGUGAUGAUCCAGCAGCAUGCUCGGGCUUAUAUAUUGAUGAUGAUUGGAGCCUCCAUUUUCGCUGACAAUAGCGGAAAUGAGGUUCAGGUGCUGCACUUGCCUUUGCUAAAGAGGUUUGAUGUAGUAGCACAGUUCAGCUGGGGUAGUGCCACCCUGGCUUAUCUGUACAGACAGCUUUGUCGCGGUUGCCAGAGAGGGAGCACAGAGCUUGGGGGAUUUUUGCCACUCCUCCAGAUUUGGUCAUGGGAGUACAUCCACAUCGGGCGUCCCAUUAUAGUCGGAUAUCAUGGCAUUGAUGGACAGCCACUGCCUGAUGAGCCUCCACGUCUUCUAGGACCACAUCAUGUACGGGGCGAGGACCCUCUAGGCCGUCGGUAUGUUUUCAAUCGUUUGUAUUUAUUUGAGUGUAUGUUGUGUGUAAAUACAUUGAUAAUAUCCAUAUUAAUGAUACUGUUACAUGAAUGGUUAGAUGGUUAUAUGAUGGUCUAUCUCGCAUGUCAUCCGUUACUGGACUUGGUGUGUACAGGGAUGCAUUUGAUCGGAUGUCUGAGGACCAGGUAUGGUGUGGGUAGUAUAACAUUAACUAUAAUAUGUAUAGAAAAUCUCCUAAUUUUGUAUCUUUAUGAAACAGAUUACAUGGAUGCCGUUUACACCUGAGAUGUUAGCAGAGUUGCCCCCAGCUGGACGAGAGCAUACUCACAUAUGGCGAGCACGUGUGCCAUUGAUAUGUUUUGACAUUGUUGAGCUUCAUUUGCCUGAUAGAGUCUUGCGACAGUUUGGGUUUGAGCAGGUCGUUCCACGGCCUAUCGACACUUAUGUUGAGCUGCAUAGGCUGGAUAGGCGUGGGAAGCAUACAGAGGAUUGGGCACUCAGACAUGUCUGAUAUGUGACUAUGUGGGAAAGGAGAGCUGAACUAGUUGUUGCUGGGACACCGACAUAUGUGCCAUCUGUUUCAGGAGACUACAUGGGAUGGUAUUAUAGCAUCACUCGUUUGUUUGUGUCUUCUUCGUUCAGACUCCCUACUCAUCAUUAUCAACCUAGCUCCUUGGCUUUGCAUCUUACGACACGAGCUUUGCAGCGCAUACAUCAGCGGGCUACUGCCACAGUGACUGAUAGUCAUGAUGUGGACAUGUAUGGACAGGCUCUGACAGGCAUUGCGUCCUUGUGUUCAGAUGUGUUGGGGCGAGUCGACUACGGCCAUCUUAUACACAUGCCCCCAUCUCAGGAGA